CCUCACUUUGUCGUCACAGGGCAGAUGAUCAGGGUGCGUCCGCCUUUUCCCUCCCCCUUCUAUCGUCCUCCCCUUUCCCCUCCCCUUGUCCCUCAGUCUUCUCCCUCCUUCCUCUCUCCCUCCCUCUGGUGUCUUCAGCCGUCCCUCGCUUCCGGUCAGCGGCUGUCUGCGGAAGAGUGUCCCGCCUCUUCCGCCUGGCGGCGGCGGCGGUGGCGGCGGCGCCUGCGCGUCUCCUGUCAGGGUCAGCAGGCGGGUCCCCUGGACUGUCCACCUGCGCGUCGCGGAUCCGCGCCGCGGGGGUCGAUGGCGAUGAACUAUAACGCGAAGGAUGAAGUGGACGGUGGGCCCCCGUGUCCCCCUGGGGGCACCGCUAAGACCCGGAGGCCGGAUAACACGGCCUUCAAACAGCAACGGCUGCCCGCUUGGCAGCCCAUCCUGACGGCUGGCACGGUGCUCCCUACCUUCUUCAUCAUCGGCCUCAUCUUCAUCCCCAUUGGCAUCGGCAUUUUCGUCACCUCCAACAACAUCCGCGAGAUCGAGAUUGAUUAUACUGGAACAGAGCCUUCUAGUCCCUGCAAUAAAUGUUUGUCUUCAAAUGUGACACCUUCACCUUGCAUUUGUACCAUUAACUUCACACUGGAAAAAUCAUUUGAGGGCAAUGUGUUUAUGUACUAUGGACUGUCUAAUUUCUAUCAAAAUCAUCGUCGUUAUGUGAAAUCUCGAGAUGAUAGUCAACUAAAUGGAGAUCCCAGUGCUUUGCUUAAUCCCAGUAAGGAAUGUGAGCCUUAUCGAAGAAAUGAAGAUAAACCAAUUGCUCCUUGUGGAGCUAUUGCCAAUAGCAUGUUUAAUGAUACAUUAGAAUUAUUUCUGAUUUCCAAUGAAUCUGAUCCGACACCUGUGCCUAUUCCUUUGAAAAAGAAAGGUAUUGCUUGGUGGACAGAUAAAAAUGUGAAAUUCAGAAAUCCCCCUGGAGGUGAAAACCUGGAAGAACGAUUUAAAGGUACAACAAAGCCAGUAAACUGGCUUAAACCAGUAUACAUGCUGGAUUCUGACAUUGAUAAUAGUGGAUUUGUAAAUGAGGAUUUUAUUGUUUGGAUGCGUACUGCAGCAUUACCUACUUUUCGUAAGUUGUAUCGUCUUAUAGAGCGGAAAAAUGAUUUACAUCCAACAUUGCCAGCUGGACGAUACUAUUUGAAUAUCACAUACAAUUAUCCUGUACAUUCUUUUGAUGGACGAAAACGGAUGAUCUUGAGCACUAUUUCAUGGAUGGGAGGAAAAAAUCCAUUUCUGGGGAUUGCUUACAUCGCUAUUGGAUCCAUCUCCUUCCUUCUUGGAGUUGUGUUAUUAGUAAUUAAUCAUAAAUAUAGAAACAAUAGUAAUACUGCUGACAUUACCAUUUAAUUUUAUAUUCUGAAAACAAAUCUACUGCAUGUGCGUCAAGGCCAGUCCUAUUCAACCUAGCUUUCGAAUGCUGAUGUCUGGUUAGUAUGUCAUUUUGAACUUGGCACAUAACUUUUUUUUUAAACAGUCUUUGUCCUUUGCUUCUUUCCUACGGAUGAGUUAAGAAAAUAUAUGACGGGUAUAAAAAAUUAGCCUAUAUGGAUCAUAUCAACACUGUAACUGCUGAAAUGGCAUUCUGAUGUUUGCUUUUUAUUGAGACGGGCCACGUGAUGCAUAGAGCCUUUGUCAUGUGAAAUGCGUCUACUGCUUAAAUGUUUAUGCUGUGUUGAUAAUAUUCUAUUGACAUAUGAUGCUGUAUAUGUGUGCCUAUUGUGUGAAGAAAGGGAUUACAAACUGUAUGAACAUAAUGACUUGUUAACCUUUCAGAAUACAGAGUUACAGAAAGAUGAAGAAAGACCAAAUAUAAAUAAAACACUUCAUCAUUUUCAUGUGUCAUGUGUAAAGGCUUAAAGUACCAUCUUUGUUGAGGUGGUUCAUGUAUUCAAUUUAUCCAUUACAGUUCUUUUUUAAGCUUAGCUUUGAUAUCAAAGGACAUGCUUGCCUUGUCUAGCAUAGGAAUUAAUGCUAAUGUCUAAAGAGAUUAGAUAGGUCCCAGAGAAGAUAAUUUAAAAUUAUUCUUCCCAUUUGAUGAAAAUAUUAAGGUCAGGAACCCCAACUCACUUCAAAUCUUUUUCCAUGUGAUAAUUUCCCUUGAAGCCUAUACUUCCUAAAGGAAGGAAGAACAUAGGUGAGAUAGGAAAACUACUUGGCAGACCUUCAUCUUCUGCCUCAACUCUAAAUCAUAUGUAUAGCUCAGAGGAGACUGUUCUUCACUUUUGGGGUAUAUUUAAUAUUUAGAAAAUUACUUCAUCAUUGGAAAUACCUCAAGCUGUUUUUAUUUUACAGGUGAGUGCUUUGGCUUAAGUACUAAUAUUAUAUUCCGGAAAUUUUUGAAACCUUAGUUUCCUCUGUAUUUCAUUCAUUUUUUGCAUAAAGGUCAAAUGUGGAUGUGUAUACACACAUUCUCUUUAGUUGAGAUACCAAUUGUUUUGGUUGGUUUUUCUAGACAUUCUUUGGAAAGGUGUUCUAUAAAUUUCCUAAUUAAAUUCUGGGGAUUUUGGAGAAUGUACAUGAUAAAUUAUAAUAUAUGUGGUUGAAGUUAUUUUAUUUUCUACUAACUGGAAUUAUUUUAAUAUUCCUUAUUGAAUAAAUGCUGUAAUUUGUUUGCUAUGGGAAUUAUUCUUGAAGUGAAUGUAAAUUUUAUUUUUUCACAUGCAUGAAAAUGUAUGUAUUAAUCAGAGGUGACUUAAUUGCAUUGAAAUUCUUUUUUUUAAACUAAAAUAACUCCUCUGUUUAUGUAGAAGAAUGUCUGUUUAUUCAGAGUUUGUAAUGAUUUCUUUCAGUUAUAUUUUAAAUCAAAAGGCCUGGGUAAUUAUCAGUUUUAAUUAAUAUAUGCCUUUUUAAAUAAAAACAAAAUAAUGUAAUGGUUAAUAGUAGAAAUGUGCCACACUUCUUAAGUUUUGUAUAACAUAAAAUUCAGUUAAAAGAGCUUGUAAUUUAUAAUGACUUUUAACUGGUAAAAAUAUUACUUAGUUACUUGAUUGUUAGAGAAUUCUUUGUCUAAAAAUAUUGUUUUGUCAGUUCUUUAGAACAUUAUUUAAUCUGAAAAUUGUCCCUCUUGCAUGUGGCAGUUUAUUUUCUGGGGUGCAUCACUGCAGGGCAGGAGGGAUUUCUUCCAGUCUUUCCAGAUUAAGUCUGCACUGUGUGAGGAGGACUACCAUCCUUCAUCUCUUUCUAACUGGGGGACCAAAAGUGCCACUAAAGAAAAGUUGAAGAAGAGCCCUUCCAACACUUGUUCAUCUGUGGAGAAGAUGGAAUCUUAAAAUACAUAUGGAGUUUUGUCAGUUUUACAAGUACAUUGAUGGCUUAAGUUCUUCCCUGUCACCUGCUAUUUGAUCUUAAAGGGAUUCCUGUCAUUAAAUAUGUAGAAUAUGGAACAUUGAUAUGGCCUCUGUGAAGCAUGGCAAGAGGGAAAACAUUUCUUAUAGGUUUAAUGCUCAUGUUAUGGAUGCAUUGUUAUAUUUAACUUUCAAAGAGUCAUAAUGUAUUUUAAGGCAACUAGGUUAAGUAGAAGGCAUGGAAAAAUGCUUUAGUAUAUUUUGACAUAUGAAAAGUUUGCCAGUUGAAGAAAUUAUUCAAUAAGUAAAAGCUAAGAAAUGUCAUUUAAAUAAUAAUACAGUUUGAGAAUAAAUGAGUAAAAUUAACUGUGUACUACCUAAUAGAGAAUCAUUCAACCGAGAGAAGUCAAGUGAAUAUUAUUUGCUUAUUGGUUAGUGACAGUUUAUUUGUAGCAUUGAUUAUAUUAAAAGAUAACAUUCUGUAUUAAUAAAAACGAGCAAAAUUAAUUUUGCCAUGUUCAAAUGUCUUGCUAAAAUAAUGGUGUCCCAGUGUUGUUACUGAUGUUUAGCACUCAGUUUUAACCCAGGGUCAGUGAAUCCAGGAUUUAACUUCUCCAUGCCUAGAUUUGAUAAAGUGUGAUUCAUUGUUUAAUUUAUUUAUAUUUAUUAAUCACUCUGACAUUGUUAACCAUAAAGUUUAUCUAAAUUACUUAAAA